UCACCCCGUGACCCAGUCCAGUGGCGCGUGCAGCAGGAGGCCGCAGGAGGCACCCCUGCAACCCUUUCACUCUCCGUUGCACACUACCGUGGUGGGGCGUGUGGAGACGAGGGCCACAGACGGCUUAAGGGCGGCGGAGGGAUGCAGCACCGGCGUGGGGGUGAUGGCGUCGUCGGGAUCAUCACCAUAGGAAGCGCCCUCCCUAACGAUGAUCCCUCUGACAAGGACGCGCACAGCCAGAGCAGCGCGGCCGCCGCCGGGAUGCAUGUGGGCCAAUGCCACGCAUCCUGACGUAACGACACGGAGGGAUCACCUCGGGGGAUCACCCAACCUGUCGGGCAGGGUCAGCGGGCCGCGGGACGGGAGGGCACCGCAGGGCGCCGCAGGGCGCCGCAGGGCGCCGCAGCAGGGCUGACGGGCCGAACCUGCAGCCACGAUUAAAUGCUACACCCGGGAUGAAAAAUUGCUAUUCGCGCGCUUUGCCAUCGCGUGAGCGACCUGAGGACGCCGGAAAGGUUUAAUUGCAGUGUUUCAAUAAUUUGGCCGGGUAAGAUGGAUGGUCGGGCGAGAUGGCACCCACCAGGAUUACUAUAGACACGUAUCCUCACAUUUCACGGGCAGGGUUGCGGGGAGCCCAAGGUGACCAUAUGGUCGGUGCCCUGAGAGCCGCAAGGUGAAGUGCGCACCACUCCGAGCCACGCCGCGCCACGCCGCCAAGGCGACCGCUCGGCCCGGGACGCUCGGGCAGCUUCCGAUCUCCACGCCAUCCCGCCAGCCCCUGCACCAAACGGCAAGACGGAAGGGGCGACGGCCGAGUCAGCUGUAGGCUACCGAAGGCCCCAGGCGUGUGUGAGUCCGUGCAGCUACGCCCACCCAGUGUCGCCACCAUGCCCACCACCAUCGAGAUCAGCUUCGACGAACCACUGGCCACGUACUUUCCGGGGGAGACGGUGUCUGGGCGGGUCCACGUCCACGUGGACAAACCAAAGAGGAUCAGAGCCGUCAGCAUCAAGUUCAGCGGCGACGCCAGCGUGUGGUGGUCGGAGGAUCGCACUAGCUGCCGCACCGGCGAGAACAGUCGCAGAGACGAGGACUGGAUUUACAAGGCAAAGGAGAAGUACUUCAGGCACACGCUCUACUUCGUCGGGGGAGAGUCCGGCAUGGUGACGCUCGACGCCGGGGAUCACACGUACCCCUUCCAGUACCUCCUGCCGCAAACGCUGCCCAACUCGUUCGAGGGCAAGCACGGCUACGUCCGGUACACGGCCAAGGCUACCAUCAGCCGAUGGUGGUCCGUGAAGACCCGAGUCGCCUUCACGGUGAAGUCGGUCGUGGACCUCAGCAUGAUUCCCCAGGCCGAGGAGCCAGUGGAACGUGUCCAGAGCAAAGACUUUACGCGUCAUUGGGGCGAAUCACCAGGAGGCCCUCUAACUAUGGGCGUCAGAAUUCCGAGAGGAGGCUACUUCCCCGGGCAGACCAUCCCGUUGCUGAUCAAGGUCGACAACGCGAGCAGCAUUGACGUGCUCAACGUACGCGGUGCUCUGAUCCAGGUUGUCACGUGGCACGCCGACGAGGACAACAAUACGCUGGAGUCAGUAGAGAGGGUGGUGGACCUGGUGUUCGACUGCCCGGUUCCAGCCAACAAGUGCAAGGCCUUCUGCCAGGAAAUCACCGUGCCACCCGUACUCCCGUCUCACCUGGACAAUUGCAGUAUCAUAGACUUGGAGUACUUCUUGGCGGUUACGGCUCGGGUCAGUGGUGCCCACUUCAAUCUAGAAAUCAAGGCCCCCAUCCUGAUCGGCACUGCUCCAGAGGCGGAGAAGAGCUUGGAAGAGAAGACCUUUGCAGAGAAGAGCCUGUCAGAAAAGAGCUUGCCAGAUAAGAGCUUGCGGAGCUUGCCAGACAAGAGCUUGCCAGACAAGAGCUUGCCCGGGCCGGGUGACGUAGCGCACCCGAGAGGAUCACUGGGCCUGCCCUCGCCUGAUCUCCUGCCCCCGAGUUACGAAGAGAGCGUCUUGGGCCAGCACCAACGGUGACAACUAGUACACCAGUACACCAUGGGGAUCGAGAGUUUUACCCCACGUUACCCGGUAUGGGACCUGCCUCUCAAGCCAUAGACAUGAGAAGAACUCGAUAACAAGUUGAGUUGUUAGCGAUGAUGAUCUCAAUGAAGAUUUUGUGAUAAGUACCUGCACUUGUUCACACUGUUUUAUUUUAAUUUGUAAAAGUGUAAAAUAUAGUUUUUAAUAUAAAACCACUAGAUCAGUC